GCCGCCGGGCGCCCGCGGUUGACGCCGCCCCCUGACGUCUCCCGGUGGGGGAGGAGAGCGCCCAGGACCGGGCGGGGGCGCCCCGGAGCCGCGGCCGGCCAUGGAGGACAGAGCCAUCGCCCUGGAGAUCCCCGAGGUCCUGAAGAAGCAGCUGGAGGACGACUGCUACUACGUGAACCGGAGGAAGCGGCUGGUGAGGCUGCCGUGCCCGACCAGCAUCGUCACCAUCCUGGAGUCGUACGUGAAGCACUUCGCCAUCAACGCCGCCUUCGCCGCCCACGAGAGGCCCCGGCACCACCACGCCGCCGCCGCGCCCGCCGGCCUGAGCGCGCACUGCGUCCCGGCCGAGAAGAACGUGGACCUGUGCAAGGAGAUGGUGGACGGGCUGCGGAUCGCCUUCGACCACGCCCUGCCGGCGCUGCUGCUCUACCCGCACGAGCAGGCUCAGUACAGGAAGGUCACCUCGGCCAAGUUCUUCCUGCCCAUCAAGGACGGCGCCGCCCACGCCGGCAGGAGCCAGGAGGAGCUCUCGCCCAGCCCCCCUCUGCUGAACCCGUCCACGCCGCAGGCCGCCGAGGGCCAGCCGGCCGCGGCCGAGCCGGCCACCCCCAAGCGGCGCAGGGCCGAGCCGGAGGCCCUGCCGUCCCUGCGACGGUCCACGCGCCACAGCGCCGGCUGCGACAGGCCAGCCGAGAGCGGCGCCUCGCCCCAGCCCAGGCGCCGGCAGCCGGACCCGGCCGGCGCCAUGCCCAAGCUGUUCCUGCACCUGGACAAGAAGACGCCCGUGCACAGCCGAUCGUCCUCGCCCAUCCCGCUGACGCCCAGCAAGGAGGGCGGCGGGGUGUUUGCCAGCCUGGAAGGGAGGAGGACCAACGAGAUCAACGAGGUGCUGUCCUGGAAGCUGGUGCCCGACAACUACCCGGCGGGUGACCAGCCGCCUCCGCCCUCGUCUAUCUACGGGGCCCAGCAUCUGCUGCGCCUGUUUGUAAAACUCCCAGAAAUCCUUGGGAAGAUGUCGUUUUCCGAGAAGAACCUGAAGGCCCUCCUGAAGCACUUCGACCUCUUUCUGAGGUUUCUGGCCGAGUACCACGACGACUUCUUCCCGGAGUCGGCCUACGUGGCCGCUUGUGAGGCGCAGCACAGCACCAAGAGCCCCAGGGCCAUGUACUGAGGGCGACCGGUCCCUGAGGGCCCGUGAGCCGCAGCCGUGGGCCUCGUUUUGGCCCCGCCUGGCUGUGGAAUGUCCUAGAGCCCUUUGUGUAAACGGUUGUGGUUGGUGCUUAAAAAAAAAUACUGAUGGAAUCUGUGGAUUCAAAAGGCUUCCAUAGCCUAGGCAGCUCAUGUCAAGAGCCUCGGGUGAUCUCUGACGUCACAAAUAAGAGUGUCAAUUGUUAAAUCAACAACAGGAGUCACUGUGCACUAACUCCCUGUGCAGGACCUCUGUCCUCAAUUAGUUGUAUUAUAACUCUGUCUAAGUGCUUCCAAAAGAUGUAUCAUUCUUGGGUGAUUCUUUAAAGUUAAUUAAAUUUCUUAAAAGAAAAAAAGAAGUGAAAUUAACUUCAAGAUGCAUUGACUUUGAACAGCUCUUGUCUCAAGUAUUGAGGAAGAGGUGAUUUUUUUUCUUUCUUUUUUUUUGGGGGGGGGGCAACUUGUUUAGUUAGUAUAGAGUAUCUUUAGUUAGUAUAGAGUUGGUGUUCCGUGUAUAAAGUGAAUCAAAAAUGGAUCUUAGUGGAGAAUGGGACUGAGAAGGGGAGAGGGAGGAGGAGUAAUGGGGUGGGAGAGUGGGUGGGAGGGCAGGUAUGGUGGGAAGAAUCACUAUAUUCCUAAAGCUGUACUUAAGAAAUGCAUGAAGUUUGUAUUCCUUAAAUAAAAAAUUUCUUUGGGGAAAAAAGGAAAUAAAAACCACCAUUAAAGACUUGGGAUUUUAGCUGAUAGAAUGAAAGUAUUUUAGUGGGAUAAGAGAAUAUUAAAACAAAUCUUGGGGCACAGGGGGUUAAGCUGCCACUUGUGACACCUGCAUCCCAAGUCAGAGUGGCAGUCUGAGUGCCAGCUGCUCCCCUUCCAAUCCAGCCUCUGCCUACUGCACCUGGGAAGGCAGCAGAUGAUGGCCCAAGUGCCUGGGUCCCUGCAACCCAUGUGAGAGACCAGAAUGGAGUGGCAGGCUCCUGGCUUUAGCCUAGCCCAGGUCUGGCUGUUGUGGCCAUUUGGGGAGUGAACCAACAGUUGGAAGCCGGCGCCUCGGAAGAUCUCUGUCUGUGUGUAUCACUGUUGUUCAAAUAAAAAAUCCUUUUUAAAAUCAUGAAAACAAAUAAAUACAAUGCUUAUUUUUUUAUUUUA